UAAUACUUAAAACGAUACGAUUGCCAAACCACGCUUCUUCCUCUCUCUCGGACAAUAGCUCCCCAAAGAUGAAGAAAAGGCAGAAGUCCGUAGCCGCCGACGCGACCACCGCUGUCGCAGCUACUGACCUGAAAGCCCUAAUUCACGAGAGCAGCGUCUUCUUCGACAACUUGGUAAAUCUCAUCCCACCCAGAUUCUACCUACCAAGCGACGAUUCCAAGCCAUGGUUUCAAGGCUUGUCCAAAGCCAAAAAGGCCUCUUUCAAACGCCAGUCCAGGGAGAACCUCAAACUCGCCCGCCGUAACCGCCUCGACCCGGACAAGAAGAUUGCCCAAUCCUCAACUCUCGACCUCCUCAAAGAGUCCAUCGAGAAGCAGAAAAUUGCGGAGCUAUCGAGCGGGAAUACGGACGAUUCUGACAAAGAAAAACCUAUCGAUUUCGGCGAAGAAGAUGAUGGUAACGGUAACGAUCGUUCGGUUACCUACGAAGAGUUGCGGCAGAGGCUCAGGAGGAAAAUCGAAGCCCUACGCGGUAACCGAGGGGCCGGUGAGAGAUCAGAGAGGAAAGGGAGUGGCAAAGAUGGGAAUUCGGUGAACUCAGAAGGGAAGAAGCGAAAGAGGAAUAGUGAAAAUAGUGAAAAGACGGGCAAUGAGGCAAAUCCUGGGAAUGUUCUGAGUGAAAUUGAAUUUGGGAAAGUAAAAAUUGGGGACGAUGACAAGCAGGGGAAGAAGAAGAAGAAGAAGAUGUCAAAAGCUAAAGAAUUGGAGAGGUUGAAGAGGUUGGAAGAGGUAAAGAAGGAGAAUCCAAAGGUGGCUGAGAAACAGUCGUGGAAAGCUGCAGCGGAUAGGGCAAUGGGGGUGAAGGUCCACGAUAAUCCCAGGCUUUUGAAAGAGAGUAUGAAGAGGGAAAAGAAAAGGAAAGAGAAGAGCACUGAAAAAUGGAAGGAAAGGGUGGAGAGUAGGGAGAAAUUGAAGGAGGAGAGACAACAGAAGAGGAGGGACAACAUUUCAGGGAGAAUCCAAGAGAAGAAAAUGAGGAAAAUAGCUAAAAGGGAGAAGAAGCUUAUGAGGCCUGGAUUCGAGGGGCGGAAGGCGGAAUUCAUUACCAAGGAUUGAAGUUAAUGUGCUUAUUUAGCAUUCUCCACAAUAUAAUACCCUUGUGUUCUCGAUAAAAUGGCUUCAUGCUAUUUUGGAUACGAACUUUGCUUUUCAUUAUGAUUUAUGAACUAUGUUUGUGUUAGUGUUACUUUUAUGCUAGUUGGUUUUUAAAUUUUGUCUGAAUGUUACUUCAUGCUAGUUUUUAUGAAAGAAAUACAUGGCAAUUGGUGCAUAAGGCUCAAA